AUGAUCUCAUCUAUCGGCACCAUGUUGAUCCUCCUUGCCCUCGUGGCUCAACUGUCCUUCGCUUCCACUGUGCCUACGACUCACUCUUUCUUCAAGGACCUCGGACGCCGCGACAUCGAUCUUCCCUCCUACGUCACCGGCGCGCUUUCAGCAGUGCGCUCGGAUGCCGGCAUCGGUUCACGGCAGUUAACAUGGAGCCCAGCCCUGGUGCGGCGCGCUCAAGACUCUGCAAACCAGUGCAACGGCGAUGCACCUGUCGGCACUGGCAUUCAAGGCACAGUCUAUGAAGCUGUCAACGACCUACAAUUCAACUCAGACUAUGAGACCAAGGCGGCUCUCGUCAAUUGGAUCCUCGAGGGCAUGCAGGACGACAGUGGUGAUCACCCUGAUGCUGACAGCAUUAAGAACCCCGAUAAAAAAUUCUUGGGCUGCGCUUGGAGUCAAAAUUGCGGAAACGAUCACUACUUCAAGUGUGCGCUCGCUGCUACUGAUAGUCUCGUUCGUAUAAAGCGAGCUCCAACCUCGACGGUCGCUCGAAAGACAUCGAAAUCAGAAGAAUGGGAAGUGAGCGAGAUCGACCUGCGCGACCUCGUUCUCGAUCGGCGUCAAGUCCAGUUCGAUGCGCACCCCAUUGCCGGUAGCUUGCUGAACGAGUUCCGCGCGGAGAACCAGCUCCAGUGGCUUGGGUACAGCACGCCGAUGAUCUAUGAUGCUUACCAUGAUGCCAACACUUGCAAGGAGAACAUCAUCACCGAUGAGCUUUACUUCCGCGUCUAUCAUGUCGCCGCCAACUACUCAAUCAUGACCGAGUCCAUCGUCAAGUUUUGGAACUACGUCGUCCCGGACUUCGCGUAUCCAGUCCUCAAGAACCCUGACUACCGCUCCUACGGCUGCAGCUGGUCAGACUGGUGCGCGAACAAUACUUUGAUCUUCCGAUGCAAGUUCAGUAGGGACGAGACUCACGGCGCGGUCUAG